AUGGAGAGGCAUCCCAUGCUACAAUCAGUCAAGGAUAAAUGUCCCGAAAUAUUCCCAUUCAUGAGACAGUGCUACGAGCAACCCACAUGGCUGUCGUUUGGCGAUUUCACAAUGUUAUCUCAAAGGGGCUGUCAACAGGGUGACCCGUGCGGCCCAGCGGUGUUUUGCCUCGGAAUUCAAGACAUGAUCGAAAGCCUAGAAGCCGAAUUCAACAUUUGGUAUAUGGAUGACGGCACGAUCGGCGGCACCCCGGAAGUGGUAAUUAAAGACCUACAAACAGUCAUAACGAAGUCGGCCGAAGUCGGUCUUCAGCUAAACUUUGCAAAAUGUGAGGUCAAGAUUUUGGGAGUCACUGACUUGGCUGAGCGCGCCCACAUCCUGCAAACUCUCAACCAAAUUGCACCAGGAAUCGUCGAGCGUCCGGACGACAUCGAAUUGUUGGGCUCCCCACUGACAAUUUCAGGAAUUCGAUCGGCAAUUCAGCGAAAGCUGAACAAACUUAGAACAAUGGUCGGUCGUAUGGAAAAAUUGAAUUCGCACCACUCGUACUGCUUGCUCCGUAGUUCGCUGUCCAUCCCACAGCUCAACUAUCUGCUCCGAACGACGCCGUGUUGGAACGCUCUAACCGAACUAGAGGAAUACGACCGAACACUGAAAGCAGCAAUGGAAAGAAUAGUGAAUUGCCGUUUUGCCGGUAACUCAUGGGACGAAGCAACUUUGCCAGUCAAAUUGGGCGGACUGGGCCUGAGAAACGCCACUAACCUAUGCUACUCUAGUUUUUUGGGAUCAGUUCAUUCAGUCACGGACUUGGUAGGCAGCAUCGUUCCGUCGUUUUCAUUAUCGUCGGACAUCCCAGCAGUCGAAGCAUUGGGCGCAUGGGCGUCAAUAUCUCAGUCGGACUUUCCACCCGAAUCUGACCGAAAAUUCCAACAUAAAUGGGACUUAGCAUUGUGUUCAAGACAACAGCACGACUUAUCGGAGAAAUGUUCGUCCGUCACAUCAAAGGCACGUCUAUUAGCAAACAUCGGCAGCGAAGCGGGCGCAUGGCUCAACGCAUUUCCGUUUUCAUCGCUCGGCACCUUGCUGGACGACCAAUCGUUUAGAAUCGCCGUAUCACUACGUUUGGGACUUCCACUGUGCGUACCACAUACUUGCGUUUGCGGUGUUCAAGUGGAUGAGUUGGGCCUCCACGGAUUGAGUUGCAAAUACAGUGCCGGUCGAUACGCAAGACACGCAAUUGUCAACGAUUUACUUAAACGAGCUCUAGUCACCAGCAAAGUGCCAGCAAUGCUCGAACCGACUGGAUGUAAUCGGUCUGAUGACAAAAAACCGGACGGGCUCACACUAGUGCCUUGGCACAACGGAAAACCACUGGUGUGGGACUUCACUUGUGCAGACACUCUUGCCCGGUCGUACGUCAGUGGCAAUUCGAGAAAAGCAGGUCACGCCGCCCGGAAACGUGAGGCGCACAAGCUAUGGUUGUAUCGUAAUUUGGUGCAGAACUUCCAUGUCGUUCCAGUAUGCAUCGAGACAUUGGGCACGGUCGGUGAAGCCGGAUUAAAACUGAUUCGGCGUAUCGCGAUUUCUUAUCGUAUGUCCCUCCGUGUCACACUUGUUUAUCCACUCGUCGAUGGCAAUUAG